AUCGAUGUGUUUGUGUGAGAGAGAGAAAAAAAGUCUAUAUAUACUGAAAGUGACAAAACUUAUAUAGAUACAUACACAUCAUAUUCAUACAAUAUGACGAUCAUAGAGAUGAGAGUUCACAUAGACUGUGCCGGGUGCCAAAGCAAGGUGAAAAGCACACUCGAAAAGGUGAAAGGCGUGGACGACGUAGACAUAGACAUGAACUUGCAGAAGGUGACGGUGACCGGUUACGCCGACCAGAAGAAGAUUCUAAAGGCGGUGAGGAAGACGGGUAGGCGAGCGGAGCUGUGGCAGCUGCCGUACCACCCCGAUGACCACAGUAUCAUUAGCCAACACCAUUUCAAUGGCCCGGUCGCACACCACGCUCCGCAGCCUUCUUCUUCGUACAACUACUACAAACAUGGCUAUGAUAACAGCUAUGACCGCGCUCAGUACUAUAAUCCUGGCCUCUCCAGCUCCACCACCAUCUUUGGCCACCAAACUGGUGCUGCUUUUAGUGAUGAAAACCCUCACGGUUGUUCUAUCAUGUGAUGAUGGUCGAUCAUAUCAUCAUAAUAAUUAAGGCAUCAAAUAUUUAUUACUUUGCUUGAUUGUUAUGUGAUUAUCUUUGUCAUAACGUUGUUGGAUAUGUUGUUGUUGUUUUGUUAUAUAUAUGCAAAUAGUUCUUUUGGUAAAAGUUUUAUGAAUGCAAGUUCUAUU